UCAGACCUGCUCUCCAAACGAAGCUGUCUGAUUGGCUGCUGCUGACUCACAGGAAGCGGUUGUUUUUCGAUGAAACCUCAAAAUCGUCAUUUUGUGCCUUGUGAUCUGAGCUAGAACUUUAUCAGGACUAAACUGGGUCUAAACCGGGCCUAAACCGGUUCUAAACUGGGCCGAAACCAGGUCUUGAUUGGGUGUGGACCAGGACCAGACCAGGACCAGACCAAGACCAGUUCUAGACCACCUGUAGUCCGGACUCAGGAGGAUGCUGGUUCUACUCCUCACGGCUCUGGUCCUCCUGGUGUGUCUGGCUCUGCUGUCCUCCCUCUGUUUGCACUGCUACAAGAGACCCAUGGUUUCAAUCCGUCAGACCCGCACGUCAGAGGACACAUACAUCCCGUCAUCACAAUUCCUGAUGAACAGACCUAUGCAGUACUCUGUACACCAGAACUAUGUCCAUCCUCCAUCAAAUCUCCUCUCUCCUCAUUUUUCAGGGGAGGGGUCUCAGAGACCCGCACGUCCUUCCGUCACCCCCACAGAGACAGAGAGCAACAACAGCUACGAGAACACAGGGCCGUGUGCAGACAGUGAGGAGGAAGUCCCUGACCCUGGAUACAUAGUGGUGCUCCCCGAAACAGCACCCCCUGUGGCCAAAAUCAAUCGCACAUCCACCACCAGCUCAGAGAGCGUUGGCAGCGACGAGGACGCAGAACCUAACUAUGUGAACUUGGGCGACCCGGAGAGCUCCUUUGUUUCGCCACAUGAUCAGCUGGACAUCAAUGAGAGUCAAGACUCAAGCGAGCACUCUGACAGUGAUGAAGAGGGGGACUACGUGAACCAGCCCUCGUUUCAGAAGUCGGAGGCGGAGCCCAGUGCAUGAUGGGACGGAUUGUAGUUUUUUCUGACACUUCCUGAGAAUCUUUUUUGUUUCUGUUUGUUUACACGAGCUGUGCCCAAGUGAAUAAAUGUUUAAGAGCAACGUCUGUGUGUGUGCGGAGGAAGGGAGUACUCGGAUACAUUUACUCAGAUACAUGUACUCGAGUAACUUUUUAAAGAGAGGGUAUCUCCACAAAUAUACAAAACAUGAUACAAAACUGUACACACCUACUUGACAAACCUGAUGUGAUGUGCAGUAGUUUCAUUAGUGGGAUGUACUCUGAUUGUGUUGAUAGUGCUCUGAAGGGGGAGUGACUUAGCACAGAGAAAUGUGUCAAUAUGUUGUUUUGAGCCAAUAUCCAGUAGCAUUUUAAAAACAAUAAAAGCAAACAUGGGGAUCUACUGUAAAUUUCUGACUAAAAGCUGCUACUUUUUUCCCACGCUUUGAA